AUGUCCACACGUGAUAGCAUUGGGAGCAGUGAGUCUAGCGAUAGUGAUGUGUUAGGAACAGGGAAUAGAUUCCUCGAGGACCAGGUCACUGCGGUCAAUCAGGAUGUGGCCGCCGUUGAUAGUCAUGUGAGAAGCAUAGCCGACGCCGAGACCAUGAGCUUCAUCGACGACGGACGGAAUAGUGGAAGGACAGGAGUGGAGAUGGAUAAUAAUGCUGAUAGAGAUCGCCUCGGCCUCAGAUUGUCAGGACCGCUUACUGUAGACGUUAGGUCGAGCGCUGCGGAUAGUAUGUUAGUGCCAGGACCACCCCCAGGACUGACGGAUAGAAACUUGGAGAUUGUGGCGACGAUGGAUAGAAUAGGGAGAUCGGAAGGACUGGGCUAUGCCGGGAUAGCGGAUAUGUCAGGCACUCAGGGGAAUGACGCAGGCGAAGGAUUGCGGGAGCUGCUUGCUAUCCCAUCAAUCGCCGAUAGAGGGGAUGCCGUAAUGCAGCUCAGCAUGCUUGCAAGCAGUCCUGUAGUGUUUGAUCCAGUUAUGGGAGCUACAGAUUUAAAUGAGUAUAGGGCCGGAAGAGGUGGGAUAGAAGCGGGAAACGCUAGGACUCCGACGCUUGCUAUCGAGGAUCUGGCUGGAAUAGAUGGAAGGAUGGAAGAGGGACCGUUCGUCAUCCCCUCCGAGCCUGUGUCCCACGGGACGAAUUACGAGUCAACGGGAGGUGCCAAGGGAAUCACUGGUUCCAGGUUAGAAAUGGCGAUCGAGGACAGAGUGGAUAGCCUUGCAGUGUCAUCAUCGUCGGAUCAUGAUAGGACGAUCAGGAGGAAUGAUGAUGGAAUAGAUGCGAUGAUGCCUAGUGGCGAGCUCGGUGCUGAGGGCGAUCGAACGAGAAGUGCGGAUAGCGGACAUUGGAUGGGCAGAGGGAAUGGAGAUGAUCUCGUUCCAGGAGUGUAUUCGAAUAGUGCGACCAUGAUUGGGAAUGUCGGUGCCGAUCCUACAGACCUGGAGUUGAUAGCUAAGGGAUCGUCAGCGGUAGCGCAGAACGUGAUCAGUGAGAGCGAUGAUAGAGCACUGUCUGUAUUUUCAUCUACAGGUCUCUCGGAGGCAUCACCAGGCGGGAACGUUGAAGCGUUGAAAGAUGUGGGGAUGGGUCAGACUACGACGAUCGGAAUAGAGUGGGGAUCCCAUGGAAUCCGGAGUACUCUCGAGGAAACGGGGGUCAUCACUGACGUGGACUUUGCGAAGUUCUUCACAGAUCAGGGACCAGGAGAGCCUGGAUCAACGCCCAUGACGAUGCAAUCGGAUUCGCAGGCCGUUAAGGAGAUGAACCAGAUAGCCGAGAGCGUCCCCGCAGCCAAGAAGUCGAAAUCGACAGAAAUUGGGGGACCGAUCCAUCAGGCAGGAAUGAUCACCCCGGAUCAGGGUAGCGAGGGAUGGGGCAAUCGAUCCCCGGCUCCACGAUCUCCUGGGAUAGGUGGGCAGUACGAACAUUUCGGGAUCAAUACUCCUCCUGAAGGACGAGGCAGGAACGAUGAGAUGAGGGCAACAUCAUCCCCACCCAGGCGGGCAAAGAUGAGAGCUCCUGCUGAUCCGGACAAGUCGUCGUUGGGAGAGAUAGAUGGCAGGAUAGAUGACUUACAGACGGUGGUUGUGGACACGCAGACCGACGUAGCCAAGCUUAAGGUGGCAAGCGAAUGUGCAAGUGCAAUUGCUAAUAGCUCAGCGGAAAAGGCGGACGUCGUGAGCAAGAGAUUGAUGGAAUGCGAGGAGGAGGUGAAGCACUGGAAAGGAUGGAUAGAGUCGCAGCAGAUAGAUACCAAGACAACGCUGUCGCAGGAGUUGAAAGAGAUGAGUCGGAUCAUGGACGGGAGCAUCAGCGAGGAUAGAAUGGACGAUGCAAUGGCACCGCAACUGACCGAGGGAGCCAUGCAGCUCGCACGGAGAAUGAGACGGCAGGUUGAGAACGUGAAGGUGCUCAAGACCUCUGUUACGACUAGAUUGAAGGGAGUGGAGGAACGAUUGUCCACGGCGGAGCAUUCCACUGACGCGGCCAAACAGAGUACCGGGACGAAGAUCACCACAUUAGAGACAGGAUUGAACGAGGUGAGACGUGGCAUAGGUGUAGUCUUCUCGAGCAUGCAAAUGCGACACGAGAAUGGAACAUGGAAGAACGAGAGACUGGAUAAAGUAGAGACGGUUUUGAAUAGACAAUGGGACCAGAUCAAGAUAGCGGGCGAGGAACUAAGGAAGCUGAAGUCCAAGGGGAGUCAGAAAGCCGGAACAGAUACGGCAUCGUCGUCCCAUUGCCACAGCCAAGGAAAAGGUCCUGGAUGCGGAUGCAGAGAACCUGGCGAGGGUCACGGCACGUGCAUAGAUGGGGCAGUGCGGGGCGAAACCAAGAAGCUGAGUGAAGUGGUUCUGGCGCAGAAGGAACACAUAAUGACCGUCGCGAGAGAGGUGAUAAAGAACCGCAAAAGCGUGGCUGAGAUUGUGGCGAACAUGACAAAGGUUCACAAGACUUGCGAGAAUGUCGCGGCAAGGACCGAUCGGAUGGAUGAGAAGAGAAACGGAGAACAGGCCUGGGUGAAGGAUACCGUGCGAAAGAUGGAAAAGACAAUGGAGUCAAUGUCGAGCCGUAUGAUAGAUGAGCAGAAGAGAGUCACGGGCGAAUUUAUCCUUGUCAAUGCUCGAAUUGAUGAGAGCGCACGGAACGAAGGGGUAGGCAAGAUGCGAGGAAACAGCGCGGAGAUAGGAAAGCCACCGACCAUGUCACGCGGACGAGAUAGUCACGGUGGGAGUGGGGGAGCCGACGGAAGAGCCAGGAGCGACAAUGCCCGAGGAAUAGAGGCUUCGAGGCCGGAGUCGGCAGGUCCUGUGGUAGAUCGAAGGAUUGAGAAUAGAUGCAUUGUGUUAGAACAGCAGGUGACCAAGAUCACUAGUCAAUUGCAGGGGUUGACCACUGUGAAUGAGCGGAUCGUGAGGGAGAACGCUAGCCUGCUCAGUGAGAUAGAAAGCAUGAAGGGGGAGAACAAAGGAGUGACAGAGUCGGUGAAACGAAACGAUAGCAUUAAAGCAGAGCUGGAUAGCAUGUGGCAUAGAAUCGGUGAGAUCGGCAAGCAAAGCUCCGAGUACGCCAUGCCAGCGCCGGGUGCGGGAGGAUAUGCAGGGACAGGACUUCCGAGGCCGCAGAGUGGACGCGAUCAUGAGGGGGACGAUGCCAGAUUCAGGAAUCCGGUAGGAGGAGGAUACAGCAAGUUUAAGGACACCAGAGGGAUGGAGAAAUGCAACGAGAUAUCGAUAGCGAAGGAGCCAUCAUCCGGAGAAGUAGGACUGUGGCUGGGCGAUGUGGCACAUACCGCGAAGGCUGCGUAUCUGUAUGAUGGGGACUAUGCAUACACGCAGGUACUGAAGGUACGCGAAAGGAGCGAAGCGAUGAUAGACAUGGAACUCAAGUACCCUGCGCUAGAGAACCAGCUGUUUAGCGGAUUGAAGAGAGCAAUAAAGUCAGAGUCAUUGUCAGCGAAGGUGAAGAUGGAGAUGUACAAGACUCAGCAAGUGGGAGAUGGAAAACCGAUGACGGCCAUGAGAUUGCUUACGCUGAUAGUAAAGCAUGUUGAGAUCCCGAUAGCUAAAGAGAGUCAGGUGCUGUACGAUGGUCUGAGCAGCACGAAGGUUAUGCAUUUCCCGGGGAAGCCCGAAGAGGAGGCACUGGAGGAGUUCAUGACUAGAUGGGAUCUGGCGCACACGAACCUUGUAGGGCUGAAAGGCAAUACCUGGAGCGAGCAACAGCUGGGAUGGAUGUUGCAUUCGAAGGUGCAGAGAGUUCAGGUGCUGAACCACGAUAUUGAGGCAUGGAGAGUGCUUCCGGACGAGGCCAAGACGCACACCUGGUUGCGAAAGAGAAUCAAGGAUAGACUGGAGAUGUGGAGAGCGGACAAGAACAUAGACGAGGCCUCAAUGCGGGUGAGUCGACAGGCGUUCACGAGUGGAUAUGCCGCGAUGCCGGCUCAGCAGGGAUCAUAUAGAGCGGAAGAGGUCCUCAAGAAGGUAUAUGCGGCCAUGCCUGUGGUACGACAAGGGGAUGAUAGCGCCGAAGGACACACAGCCGACAAGAUGGUACGAAAGUGCAAAAACGUACACAAGAAGGGGUAUGUACAUGAUGUGAAACGAUAUCCCGUGAUUGAGGAGGCAAAGGCAAGGCUACGAGGAAUAUCCCUAGCCGAAGAGGUCGUGCUGGACAUACUUGCCGGAGAGCAAGGCGAGGAAGGUAAGGAUGCUUCAAGACUGGCUGAUAGGAUAGUGGAGGAAUGCAGGAGAAUAGGUAUAGUCGACGAGAGAUUCCGCGUGGAUAGUCGAGAGGAUAGUCAACCGGCGGCGUCUGCACAGCAUUGUUUGCCAUCGGUAAUGAGACGAUGGAUGAUAGACUCGGGGUGCGCUAUGGAUCUGAUAGCAGAGGCAGACCUCACCCAGGAUGAAAAAGAUAUGGCUAUUGAGGCGAAGAAAGUGCGGUUCAACACCGCCAACGGCAACACCACGUCAAAGCAAGAAAUAUGCAUGGAUAUUCAAGGGAUGCCUGAGACGAUGAGGAUUAGAAUGCUCGAGAGUACUCCCGCUGUUCUAUCGAUGGGGAGGAGAUGUAUGAAAAUGGGAUAUUCGUUCCAUUGGCUGGCGGGCGCGAACCCCGUGUUCGUCAAGCCUGAUUCGAGCUUGAUAGUACUGAAAGUCAUCGGGGAUAUCCCAUACAUGGUGGAUAGAAUGUCAACGGUCGUUAGUGAAAGUGAGCGGAGUGACUAUCACAUCUAUCCUGCUAUGCCAGCGCCUCUUGCGAUUGAAUUGCCCGUGCGAGGAAAUUCCAGUCCGAGGAGGAUCGGAGAGAAACAGGAUGAAUGUAGUCCCAAAAGCGUGGACUCGGACACGGAUAGAGACAUCGAAGAGGAACCGAUAGGAAAGGCCGCCAACGACGACGGGAGGCUACUAGACAAGUGGAUGUUAACGGGUAAUAAGGCGGUGUGUUUCCACAACAAACCAAGAACGAAGGCUUGCGAUCCAUGGUUUGAGACACUGAAAUUCCCAGAGAUACAUGCACUUGUACCGCGAUUCGCCGAGCGGUGUAGAUCCAAACGUGUGUACGAAGGUGGCAAAACCGUGGCGGAAUGGAUAGACUGGGUGGAUAAGUGCAAUGAGGGAGAGAGUAGAGACGCGGAGAAGGACUUAUGGACAGGCAAGACCAUGUUCAAGAUAGAAGGGCUCACAUUCGAAGGAGCGGAUGCAGGAGAAGCGGUGCAGAGCGAUAGCGCGAAGGUGAGAAAACAUAUCUUGAAUAGAAUGGCUGCGGACGAAAACGCGGGGCUAGAUGACUUGAUGAUGAUGCUGGACAAGAACAUCGGUACCGGUGGCGAGGCAGAGACGCUAGUCGAGAUAGCCAGGUCGAGGAAUGGACCGGAGAGGUGGGGAUACUCAUUUAUCAGUUGGGCACAGAAGCAGGAAUGCCGUGACGACGAUAUCAUCAUACUGCGCGUGUGCAUGCUUGUGGUGAUAGGAAAGGCACGUCACCGACGAUUGAGAGCCCCAACGAUGUGUCUCAUUGAGCAGCCCCAGGACCCCGAGACGUAUUGGGAUGAUACGCCAGAAGGGGGAUACGCAUCAUUGUGGGCGACAGAAGAAUGGGAUAGGACGAGUGCCAUCCUAGGAACGAAGCUGUUCAGUUUUGAUCAGGGACCGAUGGGACACUCUAGGAAAAAGCCGACAACGAUAGCGACUGACGCAGAGUUGAUAGGAUGGGCGGUCAAUCUUAGAGGACCAGGGACCGGAGCGACGAACGAUGGCAAUGAUAGAAGCAAGGGCGAGAUGAGCGAGUCACAAAACUGGUCGGAGUGGGCGCCGGGAUUAGUGCGAGCCAUCAAGGAGACUAUGCGUAAGCACCACCGAAUUUCAUCAGUGGUCGAAAAGGGGAUAGACGAGAGGAAUAGGGAGACAACGACAGAACAAGACGAUGGUGACGGUCGACUGAGAACGACGUUCUACUGCGCCGCGUGUAAGGCCGAUUCAUCCGGGGUAUGCGGUUUUUGUGAAAGAGCUUUGAGUCCUGAGCAGAUUGAGGCGGGGCAAAGCGCACGCAAUAUGACGGAUGCGGAGUUUCAGCUCAUCCACGGAAUGAAGAAGAGUCCGGAUGACGACCUAAGGAUCGCGGAGCAAGUCGUCGCUGUACCCGGCGAGGAAGAAAGCGCCGAAAACGGAGGCGAAUUGGAUGAUGAUAUAGAUUUGCCAGGAAUAGCCGAUGAAGAACAGGCUAGAAGAGGAGUGGGAGAGCCUCAGAAGGAUGAUAGCGCCGGUGACAUGGGAGAAGUGGAACAAGCAAAGGCAGAAGACGGACCUGCGGAUCAGGUUCGAGUUGCGGAUAGAAUUGGCGAAGGGAUAGGGUCGAGCAAAACUGUGAGCAUCCGGAGAGCAAGAUACUCACCGGAGUAUGCAAAAUCGACGGAACAUUUGCUCACGCAUCUCCCAAAGAACAUGCACUGCGUUGCUUGUCGACAAGGCAAAGCAAUAAACGUCCCCUUCAACAGGGGCGAAGGCAUCACAGACAAGGGCGCCGAGAAGUUCGGGGAGAGGGUCACUGCUGACACGAUAGUUCUUCGCAGCAACAAAGACAAGGGAAUCCGCGGAGAAAACAAUGCAAUCGUGAUGUUCGACUUCAAGACACAGUGGAUACACUGCACGCCCGUAAAGUCCAGGGGAACGGAUGAGUUUGUGCGAGCUAUCAAUGAGUUCCGAGGCCCAGAUAUGGUAGUGCAUCUGUACGCAGACGGAGCCGGUGAAUUCUCAAAAGCCUGCGACGUCAUAGGAACUUGCAGGGCGACUUCUACACCCGGAUUACCCCGAACGAAUAGCAUAGCGGAGCUCAAGGUCAAAGAAGUAAUCUACGGUGGCAGAGUAUUGCUGAGACAAGCAGGACUAGAACCGAAGUGGUGGCCGUACGCUGUGCAGACGUUCUGCUUCCAUAGGAACGUACAACAAGUGGACGGGGUAAGCCCGUACGGGAAAAGACAUGGCAACGAGCAAGACAAAGUGAAACUGAUUCCUUUCGGGGCACUUGUUAACUACCUCCCCAUUGCCGAAAAGCCUAGAAAAGCUGGCAAAGAGGACGCGGCCCUGCUCGAACGGGGGGAUCCUGAAAAUGACGCUCUUGAGAUUCUCGGAGCUGAUGAAGAUGUUUCGAGCAUGGCCUUGCCCUCUGAAACGAAGGAAACUAAAGAACAACGCUUGCAAAGGGAGGAAGAGCUGAGAGAGAUCGAUAGACGUGCGCUCGACAUGGUCAUGACGCAGGACUUUGAUGUGCAGCAUGCAAAGGACAUCAUCCUGAAGUUCACUUCGGUAGAAAAAGGAAUAGCGAAGAAUUCGCGGAGCAUGGCCACCGGUAGAGGGUUCAUAGUCCUGGGGCUGUAUGCGUACGGAGGAAAGGUUGGCGUUACGAAUAGUGCCAAAGAGUAUCCGGGGAUAGCCAUGGUGUGCUGCGAGCUGAUAGCAAAAUGCUUCCCAGAAGCUACUUUUACAACGGUGAUUGUGUCUGUCGGAACCAGGAUGGGGCCUCACAAGGACAAGUUUAACGAGAGCCAGACAUACAACUUUGUUGUACCGGUAAGCGAGAGGGCGGGCGAAGCUAUGAUCUGGACAGAAGAGGAACAGUGUGCGAGUGAGGGUGGCAAGGCCGCCGGGAUAGAGAAAGAGGUGCUUCCGGGAAAAUGGAUAUGGGGAAGGACUCGGAAGGUGGAUAGUGGGCUAAAGUUCAAUCCAAGAGUUUGGCAUGCUACCGAAGAUGCCUUGGCGCCGGAGGAUAGAGUGAUAGCGGUGGGAUAUACCCUGGCAGCGGGUAAAAAGGCAUCUGUGGACGACAAGUGGAAGUUGAUGAGGCUGGGCUUCAGAUUGGAUGAGCACUUUGCGACAUUAGCGGAUGGCUUAUGCCAGGCAGCGUGUGCAGACGAUGGUGGGGAUGGGGAAGAAUAUGUAGAUCACGACGCCGAGGAAGAGCAAGCGUAUGCCAUGGCAUCCAAGGCGAAGUUCGACACUCCGACAUCACCCGGAUUGUUCCUAGGUUACGCGCUCCAACCAGGGGGUGUUCCGAGCGGAGACUAUAUAGUGGUUGAGCUGGCGCACCUGUAUCACGGAUGGACGGUACCGUCGAUACACCGCGUGAAGAGGAUAGUACUUGACGAGGAGAUGCCCAACUACUUCCCGAUGCAAGCUGUGGCUGAUAGGAAGUCGAGAAUCAUGACAGCGACUCGAGCUGAUGCCCUGGCCAGAUUGGAACUGGAGAGAGAGGGGCAGCAAGGAGAGGAGACGGAGGAAAUCUUCGCAGAGGAGAGAAGGGUACGAGCCGAUGUGAUGAGACAAAUUAAGUGCGACGAUCAGCAUCUUCAAAACGGGGAUUUCUGGGAACAUGAUGAGAUAGACCAUUCGUGGACGCUUCAUCACAUCUUACCCCGAAAGGAGCUGUGUACCCCAGGCGAGGAGGUCAAAGGUACAGGUGGCCCCGGGGAUAGAGAGCUGGGUCCAAGGAGGCGAACGUGGAUAGUGUACGCCGAUGGUACAUCGGAGGUGCUGGAUGAGGAUAGAAUGAAGGGCAAGAAGAAGAUCACCAAGAAAUGGACGGGGUGCACUACGUUCUGGGAAAAGGGGGAGCCUGAGGGAGAGAUAGAUGAUGAAGCCAAGGAGCGGGCGCGGGGAGAGAAGGCGACGGGUAUACGGGGGGUGGGUUUAGACUACGAACAAGACAUGCCCAGAAUAGAGCGGCCGUACGCGAGAUCUCACAAACCCAACUCCAUUUCGUCAGCAGAGUGGAAUAGGAUGAGCCCGGGACAGCGACUACGUUAUAUCGAGGGAGACAAAGAGAGGAUCAUCAGAGGAGAGAGGCCCCCUUCGGCCGUUCGAGGGCAAGAGGAAAUAGGACCGCGUCCCGCAGAAAUUGGAGUUCGAGAAUGGAUGGAGAAAAUCACCGACCAUGGCCAGGAAUUCUCACCGCCGGAGUACCGAUGGGAUCCCCCACCGGGAAUGCCUGAGGGUGGCCGAGUAUGGGCAGUAAGAAACAAUCGCGCCACAUCCUACCGAUUCUAUGGCGGAAGGGACAAAAGACGGCUUGAGCUCUGGUGGAGGGUCACUCGGAGCGCUAAUACUGGAGAGGUCUUAGAAUCCAUUGAGUACGACUCUUGUAUACAGGCAGAGAUGAUGCGCAAUAGAGGGAGAUACCGAUUCGUUGUGCCCAGGGACAUCAUCACGGAGUUCUGGUACAUCCCCGACGGAGGAGAAGACCGACGAAUCAGGGAUAGAGGAGAAUCAGCAGAACCUGCUGCACCGGCGUCCAGGAUGGGGGAUACUGAGGAGGUUACGAAAACCAUCAACCAAUUGUGCAGCACAGCUGGAAUAGCGCGAACGCCGUCCGACAACAUCGUUGGGGAAAUGAUGAGGGAGUUGGGCGAACAGCCUAAAGUGCAGAUCAUGGGGGUCGGAAUAGAAGAGAUCGGGGGUAACGGAGGUGAGAACGUAUCUUGGAUAUCGGGGGAAGGAUGCGUGAUAGGAGAGGGUGUGACGGAUGUGGUCAUUGCUAUCGAUGCGUCUAGCGACGGCAUGAGGACAGAGGUUGAUCGGAAGGCAUCCGGGUGGAGACGUGAGGAAGGCCUAGAUAGUACGCGAGAGGCUCGAGAAAGAGUAUUUGGCAAUGUAGAAAAGGUUAUCACAGACGCCAACAGCAGAGGAAUAGUGGCCACGAUCAUCUGGAUAGGCGGUAAAAGUCGAAUGGCUGACGAGACCAUUGUUCGAAUGGCGCUUGCCUGGGACAUGUGGAUAGUGCGGAGUGAUGGAUGCAUGCUGGGUAUGCAUGACGGGGUAGACGCGUCGUGUUACAUAGGAGUCGUCACACCAUGCAUGAUGAAUGCGAUCGCGGCGGACAUGUUAGCAUGCGAUCACAUGCCAAGGGAUCAUGACUUGAUGUCGCGCAUAGUGAGGACAUCGGACGCGAAAAUAGACGUACGGCGAGAGCAGGAGGGUAAAGCGAUACGCGAAAUGAUCAAGGUGAUAAAGGACGUGAUAGACAUCUGCGGCGAGGAAGAGGGUGAUUCGGUGUCGAUGGCAUGUGAAGAACACGAGGGAGACUAUCUCGGAUAUAGCAGUGGUAUGGUGACACUGGACGUGGACUCCUUGGCACAGCUGGAAAAGGGAACGAUUAGAGGCGAUGAGAACUAUGCUGCUGCGGCGGCCGAGGAUGGGGCACCAUACAUCAGUCGUGAGGAGACCAGAUGGAAAAGAUGCAUAGUUAUGAACAAUCCUGGCCGAGAGGCAAUGGGGGAGAUCUUCGGACCCCGAGCGAAACACAUACAAGACCUGCGCGUGAUCCUGGUCGACGGCGACGACAUAGGCAAGGUUAUGAUGAUGAAGCCGAACAGUGGGAGACAUGAACGGCGACGGAUGGAUAUAGUGCUGAUCGGGGAGAGGGAGAACAGCGACACAGAUCGACGCCACGACCAAGAUAGAGAGGAAAGCUCCGGAUUCGACGACCAGAGCGAUGUGUUUGACUCGGAAGGAUGGACGCUGUCAGACUUGGAAGAGGAACGGGAACCGGUGGAUGAGGCAUUCUUCAGGGCCGGACACGCCGAAACCAUUAACCUCGAAACUAUGGAGAAGGGCGAAUGCAACAUAGUCAUGUGGGAGGCAGAGAGAAACGCACUAGUCCUCGAACUAAAGGACGACAUCCAUGUUCCACUGAUAGGAUACACCUGGGUUCGUACUGGGAUAGCGUAUCCGGAAGAUCCUGGCACCAGUGUAAGAGUGUCUGCGCUCGGGCAGCUUGUGGCAGAAACCAUGUGCGACGUCAUAGGAUACGAGGUACCUAGCUUGAUCCUCACGUCGAUGACGCUUUGCUUCGCAUGCUUCAUGAACAAGCAUACUACACCCGUUGAUAAUUUGAUCCGGCAGGGUUAUCAGACUGAAGACGAGGAGUAUGGAGAUGGAAUAGUCGCAGUCCCUGCUAUACAGGUGGAUGCAGAUCAAGAGGAUAGUUGGGAAGAGGUUGCGGAAAAUGAAAUGUGUGAUAGCAUCGACGAGACAGUGGGAGAGUGUGAGCCACUGAUGGCCACAAUCAUAGAGGACGAAGAGGAGGACAUCGAGGAAGUUUUCGGACUUGUCGCUAGACCCGUGACGAAGGCUGAGAGGGCGAUCAACCCCAAGGCUCGGGCAGCGCUUGAUAAAGAAUGGAAAAAGCUGAUGGAUCAAGUGGUCUGGAUAAUGGAGGAGGUGCGUUCGUGGAAGGACGUUCAACGGGAGGCAAUGGAUAGAGGGGAAAUAGCUCAUGUAGGUCGUAUCUUUGACAUCUGUGUGGAAAAGAACUGGGAGCUUGCUGAAGACGAUCCUCUUAGAAAGUAUAAGGGGAGAGUUGUGUUUGAGGGAUGUCAUGUCAAAGACCAGGAGGGAAAGUGGGCCAUCUUUCAGGAAAUCACAUCAUGUCCCGCGACACUUGAGGCAGGCAAGAUGGCGGAUGCCUAUGGGAUGCUGCCAGGACAUGACAUCGAGAUGUCGGACGGUGAGUCGGCAUACACGCAGGCGCUGUUGGGGGGGCCUAAAACAUGGAUACGGAUCCCGAGGGAUAGGUGGCCAGAUGAAUGGGAGGGCAUAGACGACCCCGUGGUGCCACUGAGACUAGCUUUAUACGGGCAUCCGGAUGCCGGGGGGUUCUGGGAAAAGCACUGCGAAAAGGCCGUGACUGAGGUCGGCUUCGAAUUCCUCUCAGAUUGGCCUAGUGUGUUCUUCCAUAAGGAGCUGAAGCUGAUGCUGGUGAUCUACGUCGACGACUUCAAGCUUGCGGGGCCCAAAGAGAACUUAGCGAUAGGAUGGGAGAAGCUGGCGAAGAGAAUCAAGCUCGAAGAGCCACGAAGUAUGGGCAGAUACUUGGGAUGCUUGCACACGGCUAGCGCGAUACCUUUUCGGUCGCCGUUUGAGCCGAGACACGAGUGGACGAAGAUCAUCGAGCCCAAGAAGGAACCGCCUAAUUUCGUGGGGAAGGCCGAGGCGAAGGAAGAUAGUCCAGAUGAGAUCAGGAUCCUUCGAUAUGAUGUUACCGAUUUCAUGAAGCAGUGUGUGGAUAGAUAUCAAGAGUUGUGCUCGACGGCAUAUCCUAAGCCACUGGAUAAAGCUAAGACCCCAUAUCUCGACGAGAGCCGCCCAGAGUUCGACGAGAACCCAGUAGACGACAAGGUGAACGAAAUUAUGGGGAUAGCCAAGUACGAGCUGCCGGAUGAGGGGCCGGGAGUGUUGAAAGAGCACGCCCCUGCGGUACUCAUGAAGAUCUUGUAUGGGGCCAGAGUCGGAAGGUAUGACCUACUGCGACCAGUACAGGUUCUGGCGUCGAGGCUGACGACCUGGACACAUCUCUGUGACAAGAGAAUGCAUAGACUGAUCUCAUACAUCAACGAGACGACCACAACGAGCCUCUACGGAUGGGUCGGGGAUAGGAUAGGAGACAUCCGUCUUGUACUAUACUGCGACGCCGAUCUUGCCAGCGACAAGAACGACCAUAGAACGAGAACAGGCUAG